AUGUUCAUCGAGCUGCUUAUGUGCUGCUGCGCGUGCCCUUUAUAUUUCGUCAUUCCUUAUUCACCAACCAGUAAUCUCUCUUGUGUUGUGGUGGCCUCCGUAUUCCAGACUCUCAACCAUGCCAACAACUGGGCGGGUGUCCUACUCGCCCUCAACCGCUUGGUGGCGCUCGUGUUUCCUUAUCAUUACACCGGGAAAUUCUCCAAAUUUUUUGCGGCACUGGGGAUUCCGCUGAUGUGGUCGUAUAUCUUUAUCGGAAGCAUUCCGUUGUAUAAUCAAACGGCAGUGACGAACGGGCUGACCAGCAGCGGUGUGUGUGCUAUUAUCCAGACGUUCGGUUUGUAUUCGGUCGUUAUUGGAUCGUGCAAUACGUACCUCCCGAUCUGCAUCAUGGGGGCGGCGUAUUUAGCCAUUCUUAUUAACCAGAAACGGGCGGUGCGUGGACGCGUCGGAACCGAACAGCCCGUGAGGAAUAAUGUCGAGCGACGGCUGACAAUGACGAAAAUUCUAUUCUCUACGUUUCUUGUUAACUGUGUCUGCUUGUUUCCCGCCCCGCUGAUUAUGCAUUUUUAUCCGUUGGUGUGGCGCAGUGAGGCCAGAGCCACCCUUUGGGUACGGACAGCGGGAUUGGCCGGUUAUGCGGUUAAUCCGGUGCUGUUUUUUGCCAUCAGUCGCGACUAUCGCAAAGGAUUUAUGAUAAUAGCUCGUUACGCGCAGCGAGCGGUACAGCGUCAUGUGGAUGGGAAGCUCACAACUGCUAGCGUUACAGCUUAA